UCUUCUUCACCCGUAAUUAAAAAAAAAAAUUAAAAUCCUUCUCGCGGAUCUCAAACAUAAUCCCCACAGAUCAAAACGAAAUUUUCAAUUUCCUCAAGAAUAAAAAAAAAAUGUGAUUAUCCAUCCAAUCGAAUUUUUUCAGAAGACGACGAAAGAGAGAGGAGGAGGAGGAGGAAGAAGAAGAGAAAUCAUGGCGAAUCUCGCGGGGCAGCUAAAACGAGGAAUCUCGAGACAAUUCUCAACAGGAUCGCUUCGUCGUACGCUAAGCCGUCAAUUCACGCGUCAAACUUCGCACGAUCCUCGUCGGAACAAUAUGCGAUUCAGUUUCGGUAGACAAUCGUCUCUAGAUCCGAUUCGACGGAGUAGUCCUGAAGAUUCUAACCGUCCGCAGCUCGCUGUACCUGAUAAUCUCGACGCAACUAUGCAGCUUCUUUUUGUGGCUUGUAGAGGUGAUGUUGAAGGUGUUCAGGAUCUGCUUGAUGAAGGGAUUGAUGCUAAUAGUAUUGAUCUUGAUGGUCGUACUGCUCUUCAUAUCGCUGCUUGUGAAGGUCAUAUUGACGUUGUCAAGCUACUUCUUACCAGGAGGGCUAACAUCGAUGCUCGUGAUCGUUGGGGAAGCACGGCAGCUGCUGAUGCUAAGUAUUAUGGUAACAUGGAUAUUUUCUACAUUUUGAAAGCUCGUGGAGCUAAAGUUCCGAAAACCAAAAGGACACCGAUGGCUGUGGCGAAUCCUCGUGAAGUUCCUGAAUACGAGUUAAAUCCGCAGGAACUUCAAGUUCGUAAAGCUGAUGGUAUCUCAAAGGGAAUAUAUCAAGUGGCUAAAUGGAAUGGGACUAAGGUAUCUGUGAAGAUACUUGAUAAGGAUCUUUACAAGGAUCAUGAAACUAUAAAUGCGUUCAAACACGAACUUACUUUAUUCGAGAAGGUUCGUCAUCCUAAUGUUGUGCAAUUUGUUGGAGCUGUUACUCAAAACGUCCCCAUGAUGAUUGUGUCCGAGUACCAUCCUAAAGGUGACUUGGGGAGCUAUCUUCAAAAGAAAGGUCGUCUUUCUCCAGCCAAAGUUCUGAGAUUUGCACUUGAUAUGGCCAGGCAUGUGCCUUUUUUUUUUAAAAAGAUUUUACACUGUGAUCUAAAACCCAAAAAUAUUAUGCUCGACAAUGGAGGACAUCUGAAGGUGGCAGGGUUUGGGUUGAUUAGUUUUGUAAAGUUAUCAUCUGAUAAAUCGAGAAUCCUUAAUCACUCGGCCCAUAUAGAUCCUUCAAAUUACUGUAUGGCACCUGAGGUUUACAAAGAUGAAAUAUUUGACAGGAGUGUGGAUUCUUACUCUUUUGGUGUCGUAUUAUAUGAGAUGAUUGAAGGAGUACAACCUUUCCAUCCUAAGCCCCCGGAGGACGCAGUAAAGCUAAUGUGUUUGGAAGGAAGACGACCUUCGUUUAAGGCCAAGANGACU